UUUACAUGACAUAAAACAAGAUGAGUUUUGGCGUUGGACAGCUGUCAUUAGCAUUUUCAAAAUUAUUGUCGAUAUGUGAAGUAAAAAAGGAAAAUGUACCAGCAACGACAAGACCAGCAACCACACCGAAUAAACCUAGAGCUGCUCAACCCGCUCCGAGAACUACCACUGUCGCUAAGACUGUUGUAACAUCAUCAUCUUCCUCACCAGCAAGAAACAUGGCAGAAGGGGACAGCGGUUCAGGGAUCAUAGUUUUCACUCUGUGGUACAUCGCCAUUGCUGUCGGUUACGCCAUGGAAAACUUCUUCAAACCCAAGGAGAGGUAUGAAAGCGAAACGAAUACAGAAGUUUUAUCCGCUGAUGCGAUAAUACCGAGAAGCCUAGAUGCGGUCCAUACGCCGUCAUUUUUCACCGCAGACCCGCCUUUAUUCACUCCACUUAAAACAACGGUAUCGGAAACUGCUGUCGAUCCAGAUCCACCUCAUGAAGAAUUCAGUGAACCUCAGAGUCCUAAUGUGAUGGCGGUUUCAGAGGAUUCAUUUGUUGAAGCUUCACCUUCACCUAUAGAGGAACAUGAACCAAUGGCAGAGAUAAUUGCAGAAUAUGUUGCAGAGACACCAGGUGGGGAUGAACCUAUCAAUAAUUUGGAAACCAAUCAAGAAUUUCUCCAUGAAGAAAUACCUGAUGUGCAUCAGACUGAGGAAGUUACCGAACACGUUUUUGAUAUAGAUGAUUGA